AGUAUUUUGCUGCCACUACGCCGCAGCUACCAGCUUCCAGUCCACCAAACCCAGCAAGAACGAAGAAAGCUUUUUUCCUCUCUCAUUUUCUGCCCGGGAAGCAGCUCGCCCAACUGCGCAUGCUCCCAACUUGAACGCAGAGCGCCGCCGCUACUGCCACCACUACGCCGUUUGCGUAGCUGCUGCUGCGCCGCAUUGGCCCUGCAAGGGCGUUUGGGUGGUAAGAUUGCGUAGCCCUUGCGGGCGCGGAGUGCCGUAGCUGCGCUUGAAGAAAAGGUCGGCACCCGGCGUAAGCGGCUUUGGUGAAUGGCGUAGCAGAGGAGGCCGUGGCAGUAGUAAAAACAGAAAUGAAGGUACAUAUGCACACACAAUUUUGCCUCAUUUGUUUGCUAACAUUUGUGUUUCAUCAAUGUCACCAUUGUCAUGAAGAUGGACACCACAGUGCUGAAAAGGGCUGUAGUCACAACCACAAUGACUAUCAGAUCACGCAGAUGCCGCAUCUCCAGAACAGCAGGACAGAACCUGAAGCAAGUAAGAAAGCUGAAGCUGUACAGAAAUACUACAUUGAAAAACUCUUUGAACGGUACGGUGAAAAUGGAAAACUCUCAUUUUUUGGUCUGGAGAAAUUGCUGACAAGCCUUGGCCUUGAAGAAGUAAAAGUAGUGGAAAUAAAUCAUGAGGACAUUGGCCAUGAUCAUGUUUCUCACUUAGAUGCAAUAGAAAUGCAAGAAGGAAAGCAUUCCCAUCCCCACAACCAUCCUCAUUCCCACAGCCACUCAGGUUCAGAAAACCAGACUGUGAAUGAAGGGUCUACAAAAAGAAGCCAGAAGUGUGACCAGGAAAAAGAAAUAACAGAGACAUCUUUAAAAUCUGAUGGCAAACAUGCUCAUGAACAUAAUAACCACGGGCACCACCAGCCGCAUCACCACCGUCACCCGCACCGCCACCUUGACCAAAACGGUACUCACCAUUCCCAGAAUGAUUCUGUUAGUGCCAGUGACCAUGGGGAGCCAAGUCAUGAGCCUUCAACAGAAACCAACACGACUCAAGAGCAGCCUGAAAGGAAGCCACACAAACACAACAAGAAGAGGCGGAAAGACAAAAAAAAGAGCAGCGAGGGUUCUAUUGAGACGGCACAAGGUUUUCCUCCCAAUCAUGAAUCCAAUGAGCAGUAUGAACAGAAUCAUGUUCGCAAACAUGGCCACAUGCACAUCACAUCGCCUUUGCAUGUGCAGUUUCACGAACACGAUAAUGACCAUUCAACUACUCAUGGACAUCAGGAUCCAAAUCCUGCUAGUGGAGAUGGGCAUCGCCAUGCCAGCAAGCGUGAAAUGCCUCACACACAGAUGAGGAAGCGUGCCAUUCGUUCGGCACAUAGUCACAAGCGCCAUAAUGAAGAUGAGCAUCGUCAUGAAGAGUGUUUAAAUGUCACACAGCUGCUAAGGCACUAUGGUCUCCACACCAAUUCUCAGAUUUCUCACAGCUUGUUUACAUGCCUGUGUCCUGCAUUGCUGUAUCAGAUUGACAAGAGACUUUGUAUUGAACAUUAUGAAGAUUUGUUGAUUGAAGACUUGAACAAAGGGAAGAAUGCAUCACUUGGGAACAUGGAGAAAACAGGUGCAUCGGCCUGGAUUUGUGGCAUCAUUUCUAUCACGGUCAUUAGCCUGCUGUCCUUGCUAGGUGUGAUCUUGAUUCCUAUUAUUAACCAAGGGUGCUUCAAAUUUCUCCUCACCUUCCUGGUUGCUCUUGCUGUAGGAACAAUGAGUGGAGAUGCGCUACUUCAUCUGUUGCCACAUUCGCAAGGGGCACACAACCACAGUCAUCACAAUGGCCACGGUCAUCAGCAUGAGCACCAGCAUCUCCAUGGCCAUUCCCACGAGCAUGGAGAAAUGGUUCAAAGCUUCCUAGACGAGUAUGAUGCUGUGCUGAAAGGACUGGUGGCACUUGGUGGGAUUUACCUUCUGUUCAUUAUUGAACACUGCAUAAGAAUGUUCAAGCACUACAACAAACAAAGGACUAAACAGAAAUGGUGUAAGAAAAAACAGAAGGUCGAUGAAUCGCCGGUUGGGAGGAAACUUUCUGAUCACAAGCUAAACAGGCCCGAUGCUGACUGGCUUCAGCUCAAGCCUCUAGCAGGAGCAGAUGAUUCUGUUUUAUCUGACGAUCGACUCAAUGAAACCGAACUAACUGACCUAGACGGCCAGCUUGACUCCCUGCCGAAGACCUUCCUCUCCAUAGAGGAGGAAAACAGUAUGCUCCACUCUCAUAAUGACGUCUCCCGUGUUGUCCAAGACAGCGAUCUCCCCGAUGUGGAGCAUGAAAGCAACCAUCGAGAGGAUACGACUGCAGUAAGGAAGCACAACCAUCUUUGGUCACACAAACACUCUCAUCAUUCUCAUGGACACUGCCAUUCUGGCAAAGACCUGAAAGACACCGGAAUAGCAAACAUAGCCUGGAUGGUAAUAAUGGGAGAUGGUAUUCACAAUUUUAGCGAUGGUUUGGCUAUUGGAGCAGCUUUCAGUGCUGGUUUGACUGGAGGAAUUAGUACAUCCAUAGCAGUAUUUUGUCAUGAGCUUCCCCAUGAAUUGGGUGAUUUUGCUGUGCUUCUGAAAGCAGGCAUGACUGUGAAACAGGCCAUUGUUUACAACCUCCUUUCAGCCAUGAUGGCUUAUGUAGGGAUGCUCAUAGGAACAGCUGUGGGACAAUAUGCCAAUAACAUCACCCUCUGGAUCUUUGCCGUCACCGCCGGCAUGUUCCUCUAUGUAGCCCUGGUGGAUAUGCUUCCAGAAAUGCUUCAUGGGGAUGGAGAUAAUGAAGAGCAUGGCUACUGUCCAGUGGGGCAGUUCAUCCUACAGAAUUUAGGGCUUCUCAUGGGAUUUGCCAUUAUGUUGGUGAUUGCCCUUUAUGAAGAUAAAAUAGUGUUGGACAUCAAAUUUUGACCAUUUCCAGUACUCGACUGUGAUUACGACAAUGUUACUGUAUGGCUUUCAGUCUGCACUGUUGUACUGUAUGCACAUUUGUUCCGAGGCAAAGCAGAGGUGUGCGCUGCUUCACAAGUAACAGUAUUCUGAUGUGUGCAUAAACAAGCUCCUGCUUUUUAGCGCAAACAAACAAAAAGCCUGAUUGAAUGCUGUUCAGCUUCCCAAAGGUAAGAUCUAGAUUUUUAAUCAGGCAGUAUUGGAAACAGGAAACACAAACAGAAUGCCUAGGAUGCUGUUAGCAAAUGCAUUGUUUUCCACUUUGCCAUUGCAGUGUGCAGCAGAAGUCAGAUCCCUUGCUGACAAAGCCUUUCAUGUUAUACUUGAGCAAAUGGUGAAAUGCACCCCUUUGCAGAAAGCCAGUGCAAGAGCUACAUGUCAUUGCUAUCCUCUAUGGCUAGUCCAUGGGCCUUCUCACAUUGCGUUCUCUCUGUCUCUCUCUGGCAAUGCUUGACUGGAGAGCAUUUGGGGUGGGGUGAUUUUUUUUCUCUUUACAUUUUAAAAAACUGUUUCCAGCAUGCUAUUCAUGGAUUGCUUUAGGGCGGUAUGAGCAGCUUACUGGUCCAUGACCCUUGCGUUUGCUCUAGGCCUUGUUUCCCAGCAACAUUAGCUGUCUUGCACUGUGCUGAAGGUUCAGUUACGAAAACUAUGUAUUCUUGAGUCAGGCACUUGACUUCUGUUUGCUCAGUCCUUGCCAAUCAGCUAAUCCGUACAGGGUCUCAAGCAGGCAUUCUUGCCUACAGCAUCUGUCAUACCUUCCCUCAGCCCAGCAAUGUUGCAUUUUCAAGCUUCGUUAGGAGAGAGGAAUGCAGAUCCACAAGCUUUUUCCUCUCUAUUGUUGGUCAUGCCAUGUGGUACUUUUGUCCUUUUGAAGCCCAAGGAAACAGACCUCAAAUUUCUGGAUUGGGCACUAGAGGGCUAGGUUCCAUGAUGGGAGUGGGUUAACAAGUAUUAGGUAUUUGAUGUUAGCUCAUUGAUAUUUGUUAGCAAAAUGCUGAAUGGUUAAUGCUACUUGUGGACUCUUUCUGGUCCUUUUGCUGCAGCAAUUACAUAAUGUGUAGCAGUGCUACUUGAAACCUGAACUACUGAGCUGAUUUCUGCUUUGAGUUUCUCUCAUUCUUCCACUAAUGAUGCUCCUGCAUUGAAUUUCUUCGGUUGUGACAGCCAAGUUCUUUCUCAUGUUUUAACCUUUUUUUAAAAAAAAAGGCUGAGAAGAGCUGAUCCAAGGAUCAUAACAAUGGCUCUUUGAGAUGGUCCUGGUGACUGUUUACAUAAUUCCCAAGAACAGUUUUGAAUGUAUGACUUUAAUGCCUUACCACCUGAGCUCAGGAGCACCUGCCAUUACUGGAUGUUGGGCAUCUGCUAGAUAAGCGCCCACUUUCGGAGUACACGGUGCAGGCAUUGUUUUCAUUUUUGUUACAUUUUUAGGCAUCUUAGGGGCCUCUUUCUACACUGCUUCUGCAAUUUGGCUCUUUUUGUAACCUGGGAGCCCCAAAGUCACACCAGGAGAAGCAAUCGAGUGACUUCCCAUUUCAGGCUUGCCACCUCCUGGGGAGCUGGAACAACACAGUUGUGCUUCUUCCACAUGCAUGGGGAGAAGCCACUCUGCUGAGGUAACAUAAGAAGAUGCCCUUAGACCAGCCUUUCCCAACCAGUGUGCCUCCAGAUGUUGCUGGACUGCAAUCCCCAUCUUUCCUGACCAUUGGCAAUGCUGGCUGAGGCUGAUGGGAGUUGUGGUCCAACAACAUCUGGAGGCACACUGGUUGGGAAAGGCUGCCUUAGACUAUAGGAAAGCAGUGGUGUUCAGGCUCAGCCAAAAGCCUUAACCUGCAGAAAUCAGCUUUAAUAUUUGAUUGUUUAGUGCCAAGCAACUUGUAUUGCCAGGUACAGAUUGGUCCGUCUCCUCUGUGCUCUGAUAUUGAGUUUGUGAGAAGUGCAAGCCCUCUUCCAGUAUGAUGCAACAAUAAUACAGUCAAACAGCCCUAAUUAAGCCUGGCAGUUUCCAGCAUGCCGGUCUGUCUGUGUUCAUCUUUCUCUCUAUAUGAGUUGGGUAAAUAUAACUUAGUGUUUGGAGAGGUUUGUGGGGUUUUUUGGCUCCUGCCAGAAUAGAGAAGCUUGGUUGUAAAAUUUAACAAGCCCUUCAUUCCAAGUUAAAAUGCACCUUUCUUUCUGACCCUUCCAUGCAAUUUCUCUAGUCAUUCCUUUUUAUCUAUUUUGUCCUUUUGAAGCCCAAGGAAUAGAUAAUCUACCAUUAUCUAUUUUACAUUAUCUACCUUUCCUGAGUGGUUUUUUUGGUAAGAUAUCAAGAGUCAAGUGUUGACCAAACCAAGGCUUAGCUCCUGGAGUCUUAGCACAGAGAAUUCAUUGGGACUCUUGCAACUGCCAGGGCUGCAGGACUGGAUCCGAGUUACGUGGCCUUGCCUUCCUUCCUGAAGAGUUCUGGUUGCAAGUCAGAGAGCGUGAGGCUGAACUCCCAUUGUAAUCGGUGGGACCUGCUCUCUCUGGUUCAGAACUCUGACUUCAUUUUAAUUAAAUCUGCCAAAUAGAAAUAAGGGUCAUGGCAUUGCUGAAGAUUUUAGUCAGGAAAGGGGGUGGGGAGCAACCUGGUUUUUAAGGUUUAUUUUUGUAAUUAUGAAUAAAGCUUUCUCUACUUCAGGUAGUACCUUUUGUUGAUUUUGCUGGCAUGUGCUAUAGUGUAAUGUUGCCUAUCUAGGGAAACAAAAAAAGUAAGUGCUCUGUAAUAGAUUUUUUUAAAAAAAAAUUAAAACGCACAGUCCCAGGUCAUGUGGAGAAGUGAUAGGAUUUGUACUUUCCUUCAGAAUGCAAUGAUCCCUCAUUUGCUUAUGUGUGUGUAUUACACCUUGUGAAGAGAAAUACAGCAGCCAUGGCUUCUCCUGUUUCCUCGAGUAUUGAAUUCCCAGAACAUUUUGAAAUGCAAAUGGUUUAAAGUUCGGGACAAUCGGGAUUCCGCUACAUUUCUACUUGGCUUCAUCAUUCCGUUCCUGCUGGACACCAGUCUUUUAAUUGUGUACUUGUUGGAGGACAUAAAUGUUACAUGUCUCUUACAAUGCUGUCACUGUGUGACAUCCCCAUGUCGAUCACGCUGCACUUAAUCAGCUGUGAUUAUUAUUGCUUAGAAAAUGCUAUAGUAUCCUAGGAUGCAGUGUGACUUCUUUUCCUUAUGGUUGAAACAAUGUGAUUAUGGUCCUGAAAGAUAUUUGAGAUAUCAACUACUUUGGGGGGGGGGGUUGUUAUAACAAAAUCCUUUUUUUUAAAUAUAAAGCUGGAAAUGAUGAAAAGCUGUUUUUGUUUAUUGUCAACAGUGUUGUGUUCAUUUUAUGUAUGUUCCUUAUUC